AUGGUUGCUGUACAGCUGAACAUUUCGGGUUCCUUUGCUGGUAGUGAGACAGGAAAUAGUCUAACACAAGGAAAUGACGGCAAUCUCGGCCCUGGGGCGUUUCCCAGUUUCUUCGGGGGCGGCUCCCUAUUCGAUCUGGAGAAGCUGAUGGGGGGUGGCUUCCCGUCUCUCCUUCGUGGCAUUGGCGGCUUUGAUGGGCUGCUCCGAGCAGAUAAUUCUUCUCUUUCUCUUUCCCUUCCUGAGGGAGAAGAUACUAGUUGCCAGAUUAAGAUUAAAGGAGGGAGUGGAGGCGGCCUGUCGCGCGGCCUGCAUAUGGGCCUUGACACGUCCCGGCGCAUGUUGCACGUGGGCAUGCAUUACGAGGAGAGUAAGAAGAGUGAAGAAGACGGCAAGAGGAGGAGCUUCCUCUCCCAAUCGGUUCAUGUCUCGAGUUCGAUACAGCUCCCUGAGAGGUGCAUUGGGACGGCAGGAGUGGUGAUCUCUGGUUUGGCGGGAUACAUGUUGGACGGGUCGGAAACUGAGGGUUUGGUGGUUCUUCCGUCCUCCGCAUUGCUGGGAGAGUGCGUUGAGAAGGGCGAGCUUCCUGAAGACGUUUACAGAGCCGUUACUGACGGAGACCAACACGCAAUGGGGUUGCUCUCGGAGGAGCAGCGUUGCCUCGCUGCAGGCUUUACACACAUUCAGUGCAACAAGUUGGGGGGGAAGAAGCCUUCGGUUGCCAUAGUACCCCCUGCAGAAGGUCCUUAUAUGCCUGUGCCGCGCCUGGAUGUCUCCUUGGACGUGUUGAACUGA